AUGGUUGCUGAAUUCUUGACCAUACGCAACCUCAGCGCAACUCCGGUCGAGCUGAAGCUCGUCGAGCGCUUCUCUCGACCGGAGAAAUCCCGGGGCUUCAAUACUAUGGCCAAGAACUUCACCCGGAUGGUGACCAACGUCACCCGUACAGGCACUCCGGCGGAGCCUCUGGACCAAGAUGCGCGUCCAUUCGCUCAUCAGGAUGUCAAUGUCCGCGUGGAACCCUUUAGCAGCGUCCGAACCGACAUCCGGGCCUUUGACAAGUCUGACAAGGAGCGGUUGCGUUUGACGUUGGAAGCGGAAGGGGAGAGACACCAGAUUCAGAUCCCCGUACCGACCACCGAGUCCGCGGAGAUGAGGGCGUUGAGCGACAACCCCCGCUUCAGAUUCACGGGCAUCUAUGUGACACCCGAAUCGCACCUGGCCAUCUUCGCCUCGUCCAAGCCCAAUGCGUGGAUGCAAGAGCUGAGGGAUGAUAUCCUGCUCUCCGCUCUCUCCAUCCCCGGCACGCACAAUUCGCCCACCUGCUACGUUGCUGCGCCGUCAGUUCGUUGUCAGGCGGUCAGCCCCCGUGAGCAAUUGGAGAACGGGGUGCGCUUCUUUGAUAUCCGGGUGCAGCCUCAACAUCCCGAUGACCCCGACAGAGAUGAGCUCGCCCUGGUCCACAGUGCAUUCCCGAUCUCCCUGACGGGCAGCAAGUACUUCCGGGACUUGAUGCAGGAUGUCGAUGACUUCCUCAACCGUAACCCGUCCGAAACGCUCAUCAUUUCCCUGAAGCGGGAAGGCAUUGGCAAGGCGACGGAUGAGCAGCUCAGCAGGAUUCUCCGUGACCACUACGCUCAACCCGAGAGCCGUUGGUACACCGAACCCAGGAUCCCGACGCUGGGCGAGGUUCGCGGCAAGAUUGUGCUGUUGCGCCGUUUCAACAUCGAGGACCGCUUGAAGCAGGAGCACGGCGGACGCGGUUGGGGAAUCGACGGCGGUGGCUGGGCGGACAACACCCCCAACGCUACCUGCCCGAGCGGACAACUCUGCAUCCAAGACUUUUACGAGGUCUUGGAAACCGAGAACAUCGGGACGAAGAUCCAGUACGUGACCGAGCACAUCGCACGCGCGGCUGUGAACCGAUAUCCAUUCGGCGUCCGUGACGCCUGGGACCAGCGGUAUCCGUUCUUCAUCAACUUCCUCAGCGCAAGCAACUUCUGGAAGAAAAAGACCUGGCCCGAAAAGAUCGCGGCCAAGCUGAACCCGGCCACGGUCGACUAUCUCUGCCGGCGGCAUCCCGAGAACCCGGACGGCGACUGGUCCACCGGCAUUUUGGUCACAGAUUGGGUCGGAUUGGACGGAGACUGGGACCUGAUUCGGUGUAUCGUGGGCAUGAACUCGAAGCUGAAAUCGAGAGAGAGCUAG